UGUCCCCCCGCCCCGAGGCGGGCGCGGGCGAUGGCGCUGGCGGCGGCGCUGGGGGCGGCUCUGGGGGCGCUGGGGCUGGGGGCGCUCCUGGGGCCCCCCGGCCCCGCUCUGGGGGCGCUCCUGGCCGCUCUGGGCGUUCUGGGGCUGCUGCAGCGGCUCCUCCGGCCGCACCUCUGGGCCGAUCUCUCGUUCGCGCUGCGGGCGCUGCGGGUGCGGCGGCGGGCGCGGCGCGGCCCCGGGGGCUGCGUGGUGUCCCGGUUCCUACGGGCGGCCCGGGAGGCGCCGGCGCGGCCGUUCCUGCGGUUCCGGGGACGAGCGGAGCCGCUGGGCAGCGCGGCGCGGAGCGUGGCGCGGGUGGCGAACGCGCUGCGGGCGCUGCCGGCCCCGCCGAGGCCCGGCGACACCGUGGGGCUGCUGGUCGGUAACGAGCCCCGGUUCGUGUGGGGAUGGUUCGGGCUGGCGGCGCUCGGAGCCCGCCCGGCCUUCCUGGGAACGGCGCUGAGACCGGCGGGGCUCCGGCACUGCCUGAGGAGCUGCGGGGCCACGGCGCUGCUGGUGGCGGAUGAGCUGUUGGGCUCGGUGGCGCCGCUGCUGCCCGCCCUGCGGGAGGACGGGGUGGCCGUGUGGGUGCUCGGGCCGGGGCCGUGCCCCGAGGGCGCCCUGGCCCUGCAGGAGCUGCUGGACGCGGCCUCGGAGCAGCUGCGGCCCGAGGAGCUGUGGGAGCCCGAGGACAUGAACGACACGUGCCUGUACAUCUUCACCUCGGGCACCACCGGGCUCCCCAAGGCCGCCCGCGUGUCCCACCUCAAGGCCGUCAUGUGCCUCAGCUUCUACGAGCUGGUGGGAGCCUCCAGCAGGGACGUGGUGUACCUGGCACUGCCCCUCUACCACAUGGCAGGGGCACUGCUGGGCAUCGUGGGCUGCCUGGGCAUCGGAGCCACGUGUGUGCUGAAGGAGAAGUUCUCGGCCAGCCAGUUCUGGGAGGAUUGCCGCGCCGAGGGCGUCACCGUGUUCCAGUACAUCGGGGAGCUGUGCCGCUACCUCGUCAACCAGCCCCAGCGCCCCGCGGAACGGCAGCACGGGCUCCGGCUGGCCGUGGGCAGCGGGCUCCGGCCCGACGUGUGGCGCAGCUUCCAGCGGCGCUUCGGGCCCGUGCGCGUGGUGGAGACGUACGGGAUGAGCGAGGGCAACGUGACCCUGUUCAACUACACCGGCACGCCCGGCGCCGUGGGCCGCUGCUCCGCCCUCUACAAGCUCUUCUCCCCGUUCGAGGUCGUUCGUUACGACGUCGCUGCCGGGGCACCGGAGCGGGACCGGAACGGGCGCUGCAUCCGCGCCAGCACCGGUGAGACGGGGCUGCUGAUCGCGCCGGUCACUCCCCGCACGCCGUUCCUGGGUUACGCCGGCAGCCGGGAGCUCUCGGAGCAGAAAUUGCUCCGCGGGGUUUUCACCGAGGGCGACGAAUUCUUCAACACCGGGGACCUGGUGGAGCAGGACCGGGAGCAGUUCGUGCGCUUCCGGGACCGCACCGGGGACACCUUCAGGUGGAAGGGGGAGAACGUGGCCACCACCGAGGUGAGCGAGGCGCUGCUGGCCCACGAGUCCCUGCAGGACGCCACCGUCUACGGGGUCACCGUGCCAGGACACGAGGGCCGGGCCGGCAUGGCCGCUCUCGUUCUGCGCCCCGGGCACUCCCUGGACGGCCCCGGGCUCUACCGGCACCUGGAGCGGCUCCUGCCGCCCUACGCGCUGCCCCGCUUCCUGCGGCUGACGGAGGGGCUGGACAUGACCGAGACGUUCAAGCAGCAGAAGGUGCGGCUGGCGCGGGACGGCUGCGACCCCGCGCUGGCGGCGGAGCCGCUGCUGGUGCUGGACGAGGCCGCCCGAGCCUUCGUCCCGCUGGACGCCGAGCGCUGGCAGCGCCUCCGGGACGGGCGGCUCCGCAUCUGAGCCCGCGGAGGGGUCCCGGGGCCAUUUCUGGGGUCCCCGUGUCUGUCCCGGGGGUCCCUGUGUCCAUUUUGGGGCUCCCCGUGUUUGUCCCGGGGGUCCCUGUGUUCAUCCCAGGGGUCCCCGUGUCAAUUCUGGGGUCCCCGUGUCUGCCUUGAGGGUCCCCAUGUCCAUUAUGGGGCUCCAUUGUCAAUUUUGGGGGUCCUUGUGUCCAUUUUUGGGGUCCCCGUGUCUGUCCCAAGGGUCAAUUUUGAGGUCCCCGUGUCCAUUUUUGGGGUCCCCGUGUCCAUUGUGGGGUCCUUGUGGGCAUUUUUGGGGUCCCCGUGUCCAUUUUGGGGUCUCCAUGUCCAUUUUUGGGGUCCCCAAAUCCGUCCCUGUCCCCCCUCAGCCACCGGUGCCUUCCCCCCCUCCCUCCGGGGGCUCUUUGUACACAGAAUUUUCCCAUUUUUGGGUCUUUUUUAGCAAAGAAAAUUCCUUUUGUAGCAAAUCUGGUCCCUGUCACCCCCAAAUCGGGGACACCGAAAUUUGUGUCCCCGUGUCCUGGAGGAUUUUUGGGGGUCCCCCCCUAAUUUGCCACCCUGGUAAAUGAUUCUUCUGUUAAUUAAAACAUUGUUACAAAAGGC